UCUUGUCCAGCAGGCCACUAAGCAAGGACCAAGCCAUCACAGAUAAACAACACAACUGCAACAUGACUGGACACACGGAUCUAUCAUCAGUGUUAAAAAUAAUAAGACAUGUAUACAUGUCUAAGCCCACAGUACACAAUCCACCAUGUAGAGACACACACUUACUCCAGGGCUAAAAUGGAAACUCUGGUGAUGGCCCAAGGGGGUGCUUGAUUCAAGAGGUGCCCCCUCUGACAACCAGACUUCAGGGAGUAAGAGUUAUAUUUUUGUCUUCCAGGGAGAACCAAGAUAACCAAGAUGCCUGAGAAAGCGUAAGUGUAUUGUGUUUCUGUUGUUGAUCCAUCAGCGUAUCAGUUACAAAUUGAAAGAGGGCUUUAUUUAUAGAGGCAGAUUAGCACAGAUGAAGGCUAUUAUUCCCUGGCUUCACAAUGAGAGGUGGCUAUAAAUAAAAGUUUCAUUUUCCUUACUUUUGUGUUGCAUGUUGAUGACUGGACACCUCGCAGACCAGAGAAAUCAAAAAUCUCAGCCUCCCGCAAGCUCAUGCUGAAGAGCUUGAUGGUGGCCAAAGCCAAAGAGGAGCUUGAACAAGAGAUAAUCAUGAAAGAGGAGGAGAAAGAAAGGUACCUGGAAGAGAAAGCUCCAGAGAUACAGACCAGUCGCAUGUCCUUAGCAGAACUGCAGGCGCUUUGUCAAGAGCUGCAUGCUAAAAUUGAUGUCGUGGAUGAGGAGCGGUACGACAUUGAAGCCAAAGUGAUGCACAAUACCAGAGAGAUUAAAGAUCUGAAUAUCAAGGUUCUGGACUUGCGAGGGAAGUUCAAGAGACCCAACCUGAGACGGGUGAGAGUCUCUGCCGAUGCCAUCCUGCGCUCCCUACUGGGCUCCAAGCACAAGGUUUCCCUGGAUCUGCGCGCAAACCUCAAAUCAGUCAAGAAGGAAGACACAGAAAAGGAGAAGACAGUCGAGGUGAGCGACUGGAGGAAGAACGUGGAAGCCAUGUCGGGCAUGGAGGGCCGCAAGAAGAUGUUUGAUGCAGCUAAAGGUGCCGCCCAGUAAAUGAUCUAGACCUACUUCACAAUAACACAAACAUGCCAUCCCUAUAUUCCGGAUGUGACUGCUGCAAAUGAAUAAAUUGAGAUGACCGCCAUUUUCAAA